GCGGGUGGGGGGCCUGUGGGCGAGGAACGCCUCUCGUCUGCUGUGCCUCAGCCACGGCACUCAAGACACUGCUGUCCCCUCAGCCGCUCACAUCUGAACUUGCUUAUGACCCAGGAAUCCACUGCAAUGGAUUGGUGGAAAGACAAUUUCUGGAUCAUCUUAGCUGUGGCCAUCAUCAUAGUCUCUUUGGUCCUGGGCCUCAUCAUGUGCUGUGUCUAUAGGUGGCUGUUCAGACGAGGUAGCAAGACAUUGGAAAUUGCUAAGCCCUUGAAACAGAAACAAAAAGAUGAAGAAAUGAUGUAUGAGAAUGUUCUCAAUCAAUCAUCAGUUCAAUUACCCCCUCUACCACCCAGGGAUUUUCUUUCUCAACAAGAUGCCUCCCCACAGGAAACCGCAAGUGCACCACCAGCAACAUACUCAUUGGUAAAUAAAGUUAGAAAUAAGGAGACCGUUUCCAUCCCGAGCUAUAUCGAGCCUGAAUGUGACUAUGAUGACGUGGAAAUCCCUGCGGAUAUGGAAAACCAUCAUUUUGAAACAACCAUUUCUUCUUUUUGGCAAGCUGAAGAGGGUUCACAUGGCUUAUUUUAAAACCAUCAAGAAUGGUUGAACUUCCAUGUGUCCAGUCCCGAAAGCAGUGGUAUCGUUAUGGGGCUGUAUAACAUAAGCACUUCUGAACCUUAGAUGAAGAUGUAGUGAUCAAAUGAUGUCAGCCAGAGAAAGAUGCAACUUCUCAGCCCUGAAGACCGAGAGGAGUCAGGCCUUGAGCUUUUGUUGAGCGAGUUUCCACGGGAAGGACCGCUGAGCUUCACGGUUCCCACCCAGAGAGAGUACCCUGUUCUCGGCACUCUUCCCUCUUUCCUUCUCUUCUUUGUUUUAAGAGAUCUUAAAGCUUGGGGUUUGAUUGUGCAGAGGCUUCUAGGCUCCCAUCUCCAGCACCAUGGCUAGGAGUACAAGGUCUUGUCCCCACCAGCCCCACCCACCUCCUGCAUAGUAUCUUCAGGUGGCAGUAGCAGCUGAGCGCUCUUGUGUGCAAAUCACCCCGUCAGCCUUGUGAGUUCUUCAAGGGUGGGGAGUGCUUUCUGUUCCUGUGAACCCUUUCCACCUACACACACCUCAAACCCCAGUGCCUCUCUAUGAUGUUGGUCAGGCUGAACAUAGUGUUCAAGUUCCCACCCAGUUUUUUUUUUUUUCUGUGCUUCCCAGUUGCACCAAAACAAUCAACAGAAGACAGAUGUUACACGUAGGAGUGUCAUUUUGUAAUAUGUGUAUUGGGCUACAGGAAAAGUAGGUUCUCCUAGGAAAAAUCAUGGGAAACAGGAAAGAAAGGGGUGAUUAAAUGGCAGAUUCAAGAUGAGAGUUAGGGGCUUAAGGCCUUCCUGCAUAAUUUUCAUUACUGCUUCCUCCCUAUAUAAAGCUGAGCCCCUUCUCUCCAGAUCACUGUCCCUGAGCGUCUGGGAGGCAGAAUCUCCAAUAUGAGGUGCUGUAGCUGAUGAGAUGCCAGGGGAGUGGGCUGCUGUCCUGCUAAAUGAGUACUCUAGUGUAGUCACUGAGCCUUAAAUCAGCUUUGUAGGCUCCUGAACCUCAUCAGUUCUUUCAAGUUGAUCCACUAGAGCUCCAGGACUUGACACUUUCUAACCAGACUCACAAGAUGCUGAUUUCUCAGCCAUCCCUUUAAAGGCAGCUGAUGAGCAGGGAGAGAACAUGAGCUGUGAAAAGGCCUGGGAAUGACUGCAGGGCUGAGCUCCUCUUCAAGAGAUGUUAAGCUUCCUCCUUCCACCAAUGCUGGACCAGUGGGGAUAAAUCUUUCUCCCAGGUUGUCUCUUUCUAGACUCCAUAGAGACCUCCAGCUUCCUGUUGAUACCUCCUUAUUGUAGGCCAGUGGUUCCCUCACUAUGGCCUUAUAGAAUUCUGGCAUUCAACAUAUCAAAGAGAGGACCCUUUUCCAAAAUUGUAGAAAAUAAGUUAACAGAUAUAAGUGUUUUACAUGUAUGCUUUCCCCUUGUAAAUUUCCUGUAAGCUAUCCACAUUUGCACAAAAGUUAAAAGCAAAUGCCUCUCAGCAUCAGCAUGCUGUAAUUACCUAUCUACCCAUCCCUCUCCUCCACUGGACUGAGAGCAACGUGGGGACAGAGACUGCAUCUCUCUUUGCCCCCCUGUUCUCUCUCUUCCCAUUCAAUGCCCAGGCACUUUGUAGACAGUCAACAAAAAUAUUGACUAAAUGAUCAGUUGAAUGAAUGAAUAAAUUCCUCUGGGACCUCACUACUCCGUGUACUUGGCCUUAUGAAAACGUUCCUCCCUCUGCAUUAUAAUUGCUUGGUUACAUUUCCAUUCUCCUUUUUUAGUCUGGGGCUCGUAUGGGGUGGAACUCACCUGGCUCACUGCUAUAUUCCAAGUAUCCAGGACAAAGCCUGGCACAUGGUAGGCACUUAAUAUUUAUUGGAUGUUGAACACUAAUGGAAAUUCUAUCAAUCAGUUGGACAAAAAAACAAGCAUGCAUUAUUUGGACACCUGUAAUAAAGCCCCAUUUUUGCCAAUAAUGUUGUUACAAGUUUGGAUGAUAGAAUUAAAUGUAUCAAGAUUUCACAGGACCUUCUGUGUAUCCUAACCCCAUAGGAAAUCCCAAGUCAGCUACCAGCUACAUACUCAUAAAGUUAGAAAUAAGAAGAUAUUUUCUAUCCCAAGCUCUAUGGAACCUAAAGAUGAUUAUGAUGGCAUUGAAAUCAUUGCAAAUAUUGACAACUGUCAUUUUAAAACAACUCCUGGUCUACUACCCUAACUGCUUUUGAGAAUUGAUGGUUCACUCAUACAAUAAAACCAUAGAUUAUAGUUUUAUUUUAGAAAGUUAUCAGUCUCAUCUUUGUGACACAAAUAAGAUUGUUGUCAGAGAACCAGCAGCAAGUUUUAAAAAUCAUGUGUAUCAACCCUAACUGGUGUGGCUCUGUAGAUUGAGCAUCAGCCUGCAAACCAAAG